AUGCUGCUCCUCGUCGACUGGCGCCGCUUCUUCGGCGUGCUCCCGGUCGUGCCAACGGCGCUCUCCGCCUUUGCGCCAUCGCAUUCAGCCGCCGCCGCCGCCGCCGUGAUGCCAGCGGUGGAGAGCGAGAUGGGCAGGGCGCUCUCGCGGCUGCCUCCCGCGGCGCGCCAGCCGCACGUCGAGGCGGCCGUGCUAUCGGUGCUUGAGGACCUCACCGGCGGGGGCGGCCUCACCGCCGACACGCCGCUCAUGGAGGCGGGCAUCGACUCGCUCGGCGCUACAGAGGCCGUGAGCCGCCUCCGAGAGGCCACGGGCGCCGACCUCGCGCCGACGCUCUUCUUUGACCAGCCGUCGGCCCGCGCCAUCGCGGCGCACGUGGUGGGGCGGCUCUCUGGGACAGAGGCUCAAGCGGCCCUCGAGGCUGCAUCCUUUGACUCGCUGUUGUCGGCCAGGAGACAGCCCGGUGUCACAGACUUCAUGCUAGCAAAGGAGCAGCGAGACUCUCUCGCCUCCCGUGAGGACAAACAUAUGCUGUGGCAGACGCUGCAAGGGGAUCGACGGUUGGAGAAGGUUGCCAUGUGGUCAUGGCGAAACUCGUCGCCAGGGAGCGGGAUCACCCGUGGAGGUGCCGUGGUUCAUCUCGGCGACGAGCUCAAUGGUAAUGUGCAUUUGAUACACGGUGGCUUCACGGCGGCUUUGCUCGACACUCUCUUCGGGUGGAUCGCAAUCACCGAGCGAGAAGCACAGGGGCUGCCUUCCAAUGCACUGGCCUUCACGGCCAACCUCAACGUCAACUACCGCAUGCCGAUGACUGAUCGAGCAGCCUACUAUGUGGAGCUGGAGGCGGAGAGUUUCGAAAAGGGCAAGGAGGUCUACUUGAAGGCGACUAUUUUCGACGCUCAAGGGCGCGUCGUAGCCGACGGCACCUCGCUCUUCAUCGUGUAG